CGUGUUUGCCGUUUGGCGUUUGCGUCAACUGUAAUUUGUGUUGUUUGUAACUUUGUAGUUAGUACUUUGCACGUACUUAUUAUUUAUUGAAGACAUUGUUUGUAGCUCCUAAGUAAAUGUCACAAAGUUAAUUAUAAUAAACAAACGAUACUGAAGUGCUAUUAUGGCUACUCCUUUGCCGGAGGAUAUCAGUGCUAUUGCAAUAGGUUCCGAGCCAGAUUCACAAUCGCAUGCCCAUGAAGGAACAUCCAGUGGUAAUGCCGAUGAUGGUUCUUCAAGCAAUGCAGCAACUCCAGCUGGUAGUGAGGGUCAGGCCUCUAGACAGUCAAACUUGCAGAGAAUCCAGCAAAGAAAGCUUCAAGUGUACAACUGGCCACAUAACAAAAAGCUGUUGAAAUUGGCAAUAUAUUCUGGUUGUCAGACACCUGAAUGUGGAUGUAACGGAUGGAAGACUCCAGUGUCACAGCAAACCAUAAGAGCCAAUACAAGAAAUGAUAAUCAACCAUUAGCUACCUUUACAGAUCCCUGUCGAAAUUGUAAUCAUAUAUUAGAGAAACAUGUGACUCACCUGCAGGGACUAUCAGUCACGGAGAUUAACCGCCUCCUAGCGGCUGUGGUUGAUGUAGAGAAUAUAUUUAUGUCUAUGCACAGAGAGGAUGAUCAAGACACUAAACGUGUUUAUUAUUAUUUAUUUAAGUUGCUAAGGAAAUGCAUCCUGACCCGCACAGAGCCAAGUAUAGAAGGCCCCCUCGGACAGCCACCAUUUGAAAAGCCAUCUAUAGCCCGAGCGAUCACCAAUUUUGUUCUGUACAAAUUCAACUCAUUGCCACAAAGGGAGUGGCAGACUAUGUAUGACCUGGCCAAAAUGUUCCUGCAUUGUUUUAAUCAUUGGAACUUUGAGACACCCAGUGUCAGGAAAUUGCAAGUGUCUAACCCUGAAGAUAUUUCGGCAUACCAAGUCAAUUACACAAGAUGGUUAGUUUUCUGCCACGUGCCAGCAUUCUGUGACUCGUUGCAUCACUACGAGACGUCCCUGGUUUUCGGGCGCACUUUGCUACGCGCCGUGUUUAAGUCAGUUUGUCGGCAGCUCAUGGACAAAUGCCACUCGGAGAGAGACAGGAUGCCUCCGGAGAAACGGGUGUUAGUACUGAAUCAUUUCCCACGCUUCCUGGGACUGUUGGAAGAGGAGAUCUUCAGUACGAAUUCGCCGAUAUGGGACCCAGACUUCAAGCAGUUGCCGCCCAAUCAUCUGCAGACCCUGCUUGAUAAAACACCUGGAAAGCGUGGCGAGUUUGAACGUGUUACCGCGACGGGAGAAAGCAAGGAUGGCUUCACCACAGUAUCAUUGUCCUCUGGGUCAGUGAAGCAAGAGUCCCUGAAGCGGUCGGCGUCGGAGGUGGCGGCGGGAGGGAAGAGACGUCGGCUGGAGGAGACCGAUGACGUCAGCGAGCGGACUGUGGCGGAGAUCGUGGCCACCAUCAGCGACCCCAACUACAUGUGCGGGCCCGACGCGCUAUUCCAAAUCCAAGCGCCCCGCGAUGAAGCCGCUCGGCUGGAGGAACAGCGGAAGCUGAUAGAGUUCCACGUGAUCGGCAACACUCUCACCGGACCAGUCGACAAGCAGACCAUGCUGUGGCUCAUUGGUUUGCACAACGUGUUUUCUCACCAACUGCCGGAGAUGACGAAGGAGUACAUAUCACAGAUGGUAUUCGAUCCAAAACACAAGACAUUGGCUCUAGUGAAGGAGGGCCGGCCUAUAGGAGGGAUUUGUUUCAGAACGUUUCAUUCACAGAGUUUCAGCGAGAUAGUGUUCUGCGCUAUGACGUCCAACGAACAGGUGAAGGGCUACGGAACCCACCUGAUGAACCACCUCAAGGACUACCACAUACGGAACAACAUACUGCAUUUCCUCACCUUCGCUGAUGAGUUUGCUAUCGGGUAUUUCAAGAAGCAGGGCUUCAGUAAGGAUAUAAAACUACCGCGCGCGAUGUACCAGGGAUACAUAAAGGAUUAUGAGGGGGCUACGCUCAUGCACUGUGAGCUCAACCCUAGGAUAGUGUACACGAAGUUCACAGCUGUCAUAAGGCGCCAGAAAGAGAUAGUGAAGAAACUCAUAGAUAUGAGGCAGAAGGAAGUCCGCAAGGUGCAUCCGGGGCUGACGUGCUUCAAGGAGGGAGUGCGCUGUAUCCCUGUGGAGUGUAUCCCGGGGCUGAGGGAGGCUGGGUGGAGGCAGCCUCGAGGAGCCUCCAGCAGCCUGCUCAGUACUGUGGCCGGUACUGACGCCCAGGCUGACCUUCCGGCGCUGAGGAACGUGCUGCACGUGGUAAAGAACCACACAGCAGCUUGGCCUUUCCUCAAGCCGGUAGACAAGAGUGAAGUACCUGAUUAUUACGACCACAUCAAGUAUCCAAUGGAUCUCCGCACGAUGGGUGAACGUCUGAAGGCGCGCUACUACGUGUCGAAGCGACUGUUCAUCGCUGACAUGACGCGGAUAUUCACCAACUGCAGACUGUACAACUCGCCCGAGACUGAUUAUUACAGAUGUGCAAACACUUUGGAGAAGUACUUCCACACGAAGAUGAAAGAAGCUGGACUCUGGGAUAAAUGAAUCGAUUAAUCUAGUGAAAUGAUAUUAGUUAAAUGUUCAAGUUGCGUCUGUUGCUAAAACUAUCUUUUGCAUUGCUAGAUAGUUGUAUUUACACGAUACGUUAAUAUCUUUUAACUACUUCUGUGUUGCAUCACUUUGUAUAUUUUUUUGUAAAAUGCUGACGCUGUAAAUAUUUAUUUUAAGAGAGGUAAUUAGUUUUUAAGCACCUCUUCUCAUGAAAGUUCUACAUUUCCGAAGCGGUGGUAAUAGAUUUGAUGUUUAACAAGUCUAUUUAGAGUUCUUAUAAAGUAGCUUCUGCUCGCGAAUUCAUUUGCAUUAAUUCAGUCUAGAUGAGCCUGUUGCUGUUAGCCAACGCAUGAAAAUAGGCCAAGUUUAUUGCUUUAUUGUGCAUACUACGUCCUAACUCGCGAUACAUGUCACUUUGUUUUAGUGUCUAUUCGUUGCUGAAAGUAGAGGUUAACAAUUCGCCGCUAUAUGUUAUGACGUGUUCACAGCUGUCAAAGUCUAUUUAGAUGUAUAAAUAAUCUAAGGUUUUCACAAAUUAUGAGAACGUUUGAUAAUAUGUUUUCUUGUUCUCUAUUAUAUUAUAAAUGUGUUUACCGUGUCAAUGAUGAAGCAUUAUUUUGUUUGUUCUAAUAAUUAACUUGGUUUGAUUCCUGCCGCGUCAUCUUAUGUUACUUGUGAUAUUAUCCACUUAACUGUGUCGUAAACUUUUUACUAUAUUAGAGGGUUCAAAGAGGCAUUUGUUGUUACAAAUCUUUGUAUUUUUAUAUUAUGUUUCUUGAAAUUAAAUAAAUAAUGUGAUUUUUGUUUAAAAUAGCAAAAAUAAAUCUUUUUAAGUAUUA